AUGUCUUUGGAACCGCAACAACCUACUUUCCACCGCGGCAGCUUUGUCGACGAGAUCGAAACGGCCCGAACCGAUCUUGCCCGCAAGCUUCUCGUCGGUUCUCCGGCUACCAGCCCGUCCGACUCGGAGACGGCCCCGUCGCUAAGCCCAGCCGCUAGCGCCACGUCUACAACCCCGGAAUCAGACGCUGCUAUCUCUCCCAUCUCUCCUCCUAUCGACGAAGAGUUCGUCGCCGACAGCUUCGCCUUCGCCUUCGACAUCGACGGCGUCCUAGUCCGAGGUGGCCGUCCCAUCCCCGAAGCCGUCCAGGCUAUGAAAGUCUUAAACGGCAAUAACAAAUACGGAGUCAAGAUUCCGUAUAUCUUUUUGACCAACGGCGGCGGCAAGAGCGAAGCUGAGCGUUGUGGUGAUCUCUCCAGCCAGCUGGACAUUGAGAUCUCCCCGGCUCAGUUCAUCUGCGGACAUACGCCCAUGUCCGAGAUGGCCAACAAGUACAAUACAGUCCUGGUCGUGGGUGGCGAAGGCGAGAAGUGCCGUACCGUCGCUCAAGGCUACGGCUUUAAGGACGUCGUCACCCCCGGCGACAUCAUCAAGGCCGAUGCUGCUACGACGCCGUUCCGCAAACUGACACCUGAGGAACACCAAAACUCAAAGGAGCGUGACUUCAGCAAAGUCACUAUCGAAGCUAUCUUCGUCUUUGCCGAUUCACGUGAUUGGGCGGGAGACCUGCAGAUCAUCUUAGACCUAGCUAUGUCCAAGGGUGGCCGCAUCGGAACUCUCUCUGAGACCUUUGACGAGGGUCCACCGAUCUUCUUCUCUCACAACGACGUGGUCUGGUCUGCCGCACACGACAACGUGCGCCUCGGCAUGGGAGCCUUACGGGGUAUCGUCGAAUACACGUUCAAAGAGGUCACCAAGGGUAAGACAUUGGAGACUCACGCCUUUGGCAAGCCUCAGAUCGGAACUUUUGAGUUUGCCACACGCCUGUUAAAGCGAUGGCGCAUGAACCAGCAUCGCCUAAACAAAGCCCCGGAGACUGUUUACUUCGUCGGCGAUACCCCCGAGAGCGAUAUCCGAGGAACCAACCAAUACAACGAGAAGGCCGAGAAUGACUGGUAUAGCAUCCUGGUCAAGACUGGUGUCUACCAGGAUGGCACCGAACCGGCCUAUAAGCCUCGCGUCACCGUAAAUACAGUUCUGGAUGCUGUAAACCACGGAAUCGAGCGCGAGAUGGAGCGCAGGAAGAAAAACAAGACGCAAAAGCCGCGUCUUUCCGAUAUGCCCAAGCUGAGCUUGGAAGAAGCUCAGGACUGCGCCGUAUUCAGCCCUGCUGAGGAACGGCCCCUUGAGCUCACUGCAUGA